AUGCGGAGUGUUGCCCUUCUUGGGUCAGUCUCCGGUGCGGCGGGACUUCACGUGAAGUCCAAUGGCCGGCUGACCAGUGUCUUCCAGCAAAAGAGGCUAUCCCCUGAAAAUUAACCAUCCCCAUCCAAUUUGUCAUGCAAAACACGUAGCAAAUUCUGUGUUUGUCAUGCAAAAAGUGGAUGGGGAUGGUUAAUUUUCAGGGAAUAGAGGCAGCGAAAAACCGUCGCUAAGCAGGGAGGCUGGGAUGUCGUGGAGAUUGACUGCCGCGGGACCUUCGGGUUCGGCUGCGAGGCGUUCGACCCGAUGAGGCUCCUCAGCAAGCAGGCCCCCGACGAGGUCCACGACAUUUUCUACGGCAAGCACGCGUUCUGCUACGACAAUCCGGCGCCGCACAUGCCAGGAUCCGCCCCACCGCCAAUCCCGGGUAGCAUGACCGCGACCGCCGAGGCUCCGUCCGGUCCGCAUUGCGUCGACAAGUUGAUGCCGGGCGACGGAGGGUGCGGCUUUUUCCCACCCGCGUUUUACGGCGUCGCCUGCGCCAACAUGCCCGAUCCGGAAACCGGCGUCUUUCAGCACUACAGCUGCUUGCCGGGCGUGUCCGAGCCGGUCGAGGCCCCGGCGACCGAGGCCGCGUUCGAGGAGGGAACUGGCGGAAACACGGGCUACAGCUGCCAGAAGUGCUGCCCGCGAAUGUUGUUCCACGAGGUUAAGCAGGAGAGAUUCUAAAGAAGUGAAACUGUGAACUUCACAAUACGCCUUGUACUCGCGCCAUUUUGCUUGUAGUGCUGAACGACGGCGAGAAAAAACGUUUUUUAGAUUUUUUAAAAAAUCUGUCUCCACCAACUGCAGCUGUUGCUGACGUCAGCGCUACCCUCUUGGCAUGAAACAAAAGCCCAGGAAUACGUCUUUAGAACAUUCUCCCAGUCAUAGACCAGGCCGAAGCUGACAAGUGGUGCGCGAAAGACCUUGCCGGUGCCCGCGUGCCCGACUGUGCCCCGGACGCUACCUCUGAUCCGUUGUACAACGGUGCGCUGUCGAUCAUCGUGCCGGGUUCCGAGGCCUGCUUGCCGCCAGCGUCGGUCAAGCCGGGAGCGGAAGUCGACUGCGGUGAUGGUAUCGUCGGAAAGGUCCCGCCCACGGUCCCCGCAGAUUUGAACCCCUGUAUGAAGGUGGACGAGUUCGAAGGCGGUAAGUUCGCCAACUUUGCAGUCGCGGCCGAGCGUGCGAAUGACCUGCACCACGAGAUGCUGGUCGAGGUGGCACACAAGACCGGCGCCUGCCCCAACGGGAACCCCCCGAUCGACCCCACCACGGACGCGGUCGCGCCCUCCCCGAAGCCCGUGGGCUCCGCCCCGCCGCCACCAACGCCAACGCCUGCCGCGCCCGCGGGAUCCGGACCACCGCCCCCGAAGGCCCCAGCCGGACCACCGAUGGACCCAGCUGGUACUCGAUUUGAUUUGAGUUUAUGUUUCCGCGACGGUUGCGUUUUUAGAAAGUCAAGCGAGAUCCUGCAGGAUUAUUUUCAUGCCGACACAGAAAUUUUAAUUUAGUUUGUUUCUUUCCACCUCUGCUUUAGACGGCCUCGUACACUUUCGUUUUCGAACUUUAUUUAAUAUCCAUAUCCUAAAUCCCAAAAACAUCACAAUACAGUUAUCCCGGAACCUGGUGCGGCUCCGGUCACCGGCGGCAACGAGCCCGUGCAGAUCACGACCAACCCGGAUCCGGAAAGUGCUGCCGCUGGCAAGGCCGCGGCCCUGACCCCGCCGUCCUUGGUGUUGAAGGGUGCCAAGAAGACCAACGACGAACCCAAAGCCGCCAAAAAAGCUAGUGAAGAGCCGGAAGCCCCGGCGAAGAAGGCUGUGGAAGAAGCCAAAGCCCCGGCCAAGAAGGUCGAGACGAAAGCACCGGCCAAGAAGGAAACCACCGACAAGCAGUGAUGCAGGUCAGAUUCGAGUUUCACCGACACACCGCCGCGAUUCAGUAACUGUAACAAAAGAAAUUCAAAUUGUACAAUGCACAACCUUCACAAUGUAGUCGCGCGGAAAAAAUGAAUUAUCCUACUCGAAAAGUAAAACCAUUUGAUGUGGAUUAUUUCGAUUUAUUGCAGCUACCGAGGAGUAGAUAGCAACCGACUUCUGCCGCCUGUGUCACGGUUUAUUUUUAAGAGAAUCAAUGAGUCCUUAGUUUCUUUAUUUGUCAAUCAGCAAACACCAGCGCCUUUUUAAAUUCUUUAGAUCAGCAUCAGCAUGUAUUUUUUGUGUUAGAUAGAAUCUGAAUCAGCAGCGAAGUUUCUUUAUUUGUCAAUCAGCAUUACGUAAAAAUGAUAGUGUUCUCGUAUAUCAGGACCAAGCGCCCAAGUUGUGUCUUCGCUUCGAGGUAGAAGAGUAAAUUGAAAAACGGUACUGAACAAACGCUCAAGCUUUGAGAUGUCGGUGUGUAAGCUCAAUGAAAAUGCCACGAAUUAUCCCAAUUUCUCUGCAUGCACCAGUGUGUUUCACCAAAAGUCAGUGCAGGAUGACUAGGGAUUUAUUUCGGGGCUUCUGAUAUUCUUUGACUCUCCUAGGAGCGCGAUUUCUGACAAUGUGAAAUACUCAUGAGAGCGGGCGAAUUGGAAUUCGAGCGUGAGCCGCUUUUGCUAUUACAGC